AUGGUCUGCUCAACGCAAUAUCAGGUCGACAAGGCCGCUUCCCGAACCCAGCAGAAGCCAUCGUCGUCGUCCAAGAGCGGUUUGAAACAGGCAUUCGAUGCCCUACGUGCCAUGCCUCAGGUAAAGAGGUGUGGGUACUACCCGGAAAAGAGUGCGGCUACUGCGGCACCCCCUGCGGCUAAGCCAGUUCAUCGAUACGAGAACGGGAACCACUAA